GUAGACCGAUCAGUUGAAUUCCAUCGGCCCUGACGCACGUCGUUGUAAUACUUUUGAAUAAAAGAUUUUCAAUAGCGAUAAAUUGAGGCCAUUCGUCUCCAGUGUUUCAUCAACUUGCGCUGCGAUCAUUCCAGAAAUUGACAUUGAUUCAAUCGUAUCCGCGAAUGUUCGAAGAAUUCAUUUAGGUCGUUGAUUUUUACGAGUGAACCCAGCUUUGGGGAGUUAUUCUGGGUGUUAACGACUCGCGUGCAUUCAUUUACAUCUGUUUCAAGAGGUCAUUAUCUCUGAGUGAAGUUUUACGGCAUUUCAACUCGUCAUUGCAACAAUGAACGUUCUCGGGGCUUUGAGGAAGUCUUGCUGCGCAGCCAAAAGUCGACGAAAUUUCUCCAGCGUGGGAUUCAUCGGUCUCGGGAAUAUGGGAAAUAGUAUGGCAAUGAAUAUAUUGAAAAAAGGAUUCAAAUUAACCGUUUUCGAUAUCAAUAAAUCCGCGAUGACGAAUGUCAUUGAGGCGGGAGGUAAGGCCGCUCCUAAUGUAUCGGAUGUUGCCAAAAAUUCCGAAAUUGUCAUUACAAUGCUGCCUGCCAAUGAUCACGUGUGGGAGUGUUACACUGGCAAAAAUGGUCUCCUGAGCACUGUCAAUAAGGAUGCCUUAUUGAUUGACAGCAGUACAAUUGAUCCACUGGUCUCCCAAAAACUCUCUGUAGAGACGCUAAAGAAAGGAGCCAAGUUCCUGGAUGGUCCAGUAUCAGGCGGAGUGGUAGGGGCACGUGAUGCUACCUUGACAUUUAUGGUAGGCGGUGGAAAACAAGAGUGUGAACGAGCUAAGCCCAUUCUGGAAGCCAUGGGCUCACGAGUAGUCCAUUGUGGUGAUGUUGGCAUGGGCCAGGUCGCUAAAUUAUGCAACAACAUGUUACUAGCUAUCAGCAUGAUCGGUGUGGCUGAAGCUGUCAAUCUCGCCGAUCGAUUAGGACUAGAUCCUAAAGUGAUGAACAGCAUUAUUAACACGAGCACUGGUCGCUGCUGGUCAUCUGAAAUAAAUCCUCCAGUACCUGGAAUAAUCGACUCUGUUCCAAGCUCCAACGAUUACAAGGGGGGUUUCACGACCUCAUUGAUAAGCAAAGAUCUCGGCCUCGCUCAAGCAGCUGCGACCCGGAGUAAUGCACUUACGCCUUUAGGUUCUGUUGCUCAACAAGUGUACAGAACUAUCAUGCUCCAUGGAUUCGGUGACAAAGACUUCAGCUCUGUAUAUCAAUACCUCAGAGGCAACAAAUAAAUUUUCCAGACUCAGAA